GCAAAUUUCAGUCAUAACGCUCAUCUCAAGCAGCAUGGAUUUCUCCGGUAAAGUAGUGCUCAUCACGGGAGCUAGUAGUGGUAUCGGUGCUGCCACUGCAAAAUAUCUAACCGAGUUGGGCGGUUCGGUGGUCUUGAUCGGAAGAAAUGCGGAAAAUCUCAAUAAAGUUGGAGCGGAAUGUCAGGCUCUGGGAAAGCAGAAGCCUUUUCUUCUGGUGGCCGACGUCACCAAAACCGAGGAUAACAGUCGUGUGAUCGAAGAGACCAUCAAGAAAUUCGGCAAACUGGAUGUCCUGGUGAACAAUGCCGGUAUAGGAAAGUAUGCAGGCAUCGAAACCACUAGCCUGGAACAGUACGACGAGAUUAUGCAAACCAACGUGAGAGCCGUCUAUCACCUGACGAUGUUGGCUGUGCCUCAUCUUAUCAAGAGUAAAGGCAAUAUUGUUAACGUUUCAAGUAUCGCCGGGACUAGAGCAUUCGCGAACGUAUUGGCCUACUGUGUUUCGAAGGCCGCACUGGAUCAAUUUACGAGAUGCGUUGCGCUCGAUCUUGCGCCGAAGCAAGUCAGAGUAAAUUCGGUCAAUCCAGCGGUUAUUGUAACGGAUUUUCAUAAUCGCUUGGGUAUGAGUCCAGCCGAUUAUGCAACAUAUCUGAAGAAUUGCGAGAAAAGUCACCCACUUGGACGGGUAGGCCAAGCGUCGGAAGUGGCUGCUGCCAUUGCUUUCCUAGCCGCAGAUACUGCCAGCUUCAUCACGGGAACGUGUCUCUGUGUUGACGGAGGAAAGAACAAUCUGUGUCCACGAUAAGGCUUAAUAAAACUAUGAGCAGGGCCAUUCUGAUUGUA